UAAUUAAUAAUAUAUAAUAAUAAAUAAAUAAAAUAUAAAUAAUUACUCAUUGUUUAAACAAUAAUGAUAAUUACCAUGAUUUUAUAAAAAAAAUUUAAUUUUUUAAAUGUUGGCCUUGAGUUUCGCAAUCAUGGCAACCAAAAUAAAAUCAUUAUGAAAAAAUGUUCUAAGUGGGUGUUUAAUAAAAUGAUAAAAUUUAUCAGUCCUAAAUAAAGUAAAUGUAGAGCAGUUAUUAAGAAAUGAGUGGUUCUGAGAAUACUAGCCCUCCUAAGGAGACAAUCCAAGAGGAAAAAGAAAUUUCCAAACAAUCAUUGCGGCGUCAGGUUUGGGAGCUUCUUAAUAAAAAUAAAGUCUCCACAUUUCCAAGACCUUUCGGUAGAAUCCCGAAUUUCAAGGGAGCUGAUUUGGCUGCAGCUAAAUUGCUCGAACUUGAAGAGUUUUGUAAUGCAAAAUCAGUGGAAAUAAAUCCUGAUAAGCCUUUGGAACAUUCGCGAAUCUUAGCCUUGGAACAGGAAAAAGAGUUAUAUGUUCCAAUACCAAGACUGAAAAAUUGCCUGUUAAAAAAACUAAAGAAAGAUGAGGAAACUGAUGUUAAAAAAAUCAUUAGCCGAUGGGGUAUUGAACACAUGGGUGAAAUGAUAGAUUUAAAUGAUCCUGUUCAUAUUGAUUUAUUUGUUUUGGGCAGUGUGGCUGUUUCAAAGCAGGGAUACAGAAUUGGCAAAGGAAGAGGCUAUGCUGACUUGGAAUUUGCAAUUUUAAAAGAAAUGAAAGCAGUCAACAAUAACACAGUUAUUGUUACAACUGUUCAUGACUUGCAAGUGUUUGAUGAGUUGCCUGUGGAAUUAUUUCAAAAAUAUGAUGUUCCAGUUGACUAUAUUUUGACUCCUACACAGAUUAUUAAAGUAGAGAAAAAAUUGCCCAGGCCUGAAAAGAUUUUUUGGGAGAUUUUAUCUAAAAGAAGAGUGAAUAUGAUGAAAACACUUCAAAUACUAAAAGAAAAACACAAAGGGGAAGGUAUUGAAACUACUCUGAAGGAGGAAGAUUCAGAUGUUGAUGAGGGUGGUAGGGUGAGAAAGUUCAGGAAACCAUUUCGCAAGAAUAGCAAUAGCAACAGCAAGACUGAUAAGGAAAAUUCCAAUCCCAGACCAGAUAGAAAAUAUAAUGGAAGACGGUUUUACAGGAGGAAAUCUGGAAGCAAAAAUGAACCAGAGUCUUCCAAUGAGACAGAAAAAAGAGAUACUCAAGAUUCUGAAAACUCCCCAAAACGGCGUAAAAAUCCCCGUCGUCCUUACAGACGUUUCCAUAUUGACUACUCCUUGAUGGUUAGCAAUAUAGAGCGAAAUGUUCGUGUCCGAGAUUUAAAGAAUGCCCUUAUUAAACACGGUAUCAAGCCAGACGACAUCACCUGGAAAGGGUACAAAGGCUUUUGCUAUCUGCACUACGCCAAACCCACCAAUAAGGCAACGGAUAAAGAAAACGAGUCUCAAAAACCAUUUUCGGUGGAUAACGUGAUUGAUAUACUUCAAUCGUUGAAGUUGACUUCGGAUUCCCAGUUCGAAGUCAAAGUUAUGGAGCCCAUCACCAGAAUUGAAACCACGGAUGUUACUUCCGUAGCACAUUAUGAAAUUAGUCCAAGUUUGAUGAUGAUUCUGUUUGUUUUGUCUGUUGCCGCUGUUUUGCCGGGUUUAUUAGACUGCGAUGGCUUGGUUAGCGUUAGAAAAAAUCAAGUUUUGGAGAUCAAAAAGCAUUUGAAGAGAUUACGGAAAGAAGAGGGUGCAAUUAAGCUUGUAGGGGGUAGGGGCGAAUUUGAAGGAAAUGUUGAAAUUCUGCACAAUGGGACAUGGGGGGCGAUUUGCGAUGACGAGUGGGACACAGCAGAGGCCCAAAUAAUUUGCAAACAGCUGGGUUAUGAUAAUGGAAUUGCAGAACCAACGGUUAACUCAUAUUUUGGACCUGCUAAACGUCGUUACUGGAUGGACAACAUUUACUGCAGUGGAACAGAACAUGAAAUUCAUUCAUGUAGAUUUGACGGUUGGGGGGAAAAUGAUUGUUCUAAAACUGAAGCAGCAGGAGUUAUAUGCGUAGAUCAAGACAAGAUUAUAAAAGUUGAUUCUUCCAAUGAAGUUGAGAAAGUGAAAUCAUCAAUUGUUAAAAUACCUAAAGUUUCUAAGAUAAGAUUGAGAAAUGGUAGAAUUGAUACCGAGGGUCGUGUGGAAAUUAAAAGCAAUAAUGGUAAAUGGGAAGUUAUGUGUGGGGAUGGCUGGUCUCUAUUAGAAGCAAUGAUUGUUUGCAAAAUGUUAAAUUUAGGCUACGCAAACGAUGCAAUGCAAACCGACUACUUCGGAGGAAACCUUACCUCAGAAAGCAUGGCUGGAGUUAAAUGCCUUGGCAACGAAAACUCUUUAUCCCAGUGCACUCACGACGCAGACCUCACAGGAAAAUGCAAAAGCAAAGACGUAGCGGCCGUAUCGUGCACCCCAACCAUGGCAGAUCUAGUCCUGGACCACAUAGAUCUCAUGAGAACAGCUCACCUGGAAGACAAGCAGAUGUUUUUCCUGACAUGCGCAAUGGAAGAAAACUGCGUUGCUUCUUCGGCGUACGAGAUACAGAGAGAAAACAAUGCAUGGCAUCUGGAAACAAGGAGAUUGCUAAGGUUUACAGCGAGGACUUUCAAUGCUGGAACUGCCGAUUUUAGACCGAUCAUUCCUAAGAAUAUGUGGGAAUGGCAUAUGUGUCACAUGCAUUAUCACAGCAUGGAGGUUUUUGCCACUUUUGAUAUCUACAAUGAAAAAAACGAAAGAGUUGCAGAAGGCCACAAGGCAUCAUUUUGCUUGGAAGAUAACCAAUGUUUACCAGGCGUAAAACCAAGAUUUGCGUGUGCAAAUUUUGGUGACCAAGGAAUUUCAGUAAAUUGUUCAGAUAUUUACAAGUACACAGUCGAUUGUCAAUGGGUUGAUAUUUCCGAUUUGGAACCAGGAAAAUACACGAUGAAAGUGGCAAUUAAUCCAGAAUUUAAAAUUCCCGAAAUGAGUUACGAUAACAACGCAGCUGUUUGUGAUUUUUUGUACACCGAGACGUUUGGUUCUGUAACUAACUGCACUGUUGUAAGACCCUAGUAGUAAUUUUCGUAGU